UGGAUGUAUCGGUAUAUUCUCUUCUAAACUUCGUUUCAAUUUUUCUUUCUUUUCUUGUAUACUCUUCAACUUGUCCUGAACAGAUUUUCUAUACAGAUAUUCCCUUCGAAGUCUUGCUUGUCUACGCAACAUUUUCGUCUGUUCUUAUAUCUGUUUCCGUUUUAAAUUCUUUUUACUCAAAGAAACUAAAAUGUCGAGAACCGGUCACGACAAAAAUAGAAAGGUUAUGUUGAACAACGCGUGUUUACGAGAAAACUCCUCAAUCAAGGCAUCAAUUGGUAUAAAUAGUUACAACCAGUGUACCUAGAUCGCGCCACAAAAAUGGUAACAGGGCAUGACAAGUAGUGAUGGAAAAAAACACCGGAAAAAAAUUACUUUCUGCAUCGUAUUCGUCUGUUGAUACUAGUCAAAUUCCAUACACAUAUAGUGUUUUUACAUUACUCUUGAAGGAAAUAUUUUAGUUAUAUGAUGGCCGAUAGUUUGUCAAAGGUGUUCGCAACCGAAGAUUUUAGUGCAGAAAAAUUCGUUAAAGAAUUAAGCGCACAAUGCGUUGGUGCGGACGAGUUAAGGCAGCAACGAGCAAAGAUUCAAGAACUUGCAAACAAUACAUCCGCCCAAUUAAAACGUAACGUUUAUCAAAACUAUAUGCAGUUUAUAGAAACAGCCAAAGAAAUUUCACACCUGGAAAGUGAAAUGUAUCAAUUGUCGCAACUAUUAAGUGAACAACGUUCCUUGUUAAGUACAUUAGGAUCCACCAGAACUGCAGGUGUUAUCUUUGAAGAUUUAUCUGAAUCUAGAGAAGAAGGUACUAAUGAAUUCAUUUCCAAGGAAGAGGAGCAAAAGCUGAAAUUAAUGCUACUACUUGAAAAUGUAGAAGGCGCGAUGAGUUUAGCAGAAACACCUGGACGUAUAUGUUUACAUGAAGGUUCAUUACUCGAGCUAGAUCCGUUAGAAGGAACUCCACUGAAAAGAGUUCAUGCGUAUCUAUUCAACGACAUAUUGAUGAUCUCCUCUUGGUUAGCGAAUGGAAACAGACGAGGGCCACCUAGAUAUAAAAUGCAAGCUGUGUAUAAUCUUGAAAGUUUAGCAGUCGUUAAUGUAAGAGAUUUAGGAACAGUAAAAUUGGCAUUCAAACUGUUAGCAUUUUCUGAUACAAGAGUAUUCCAAUGCGCGACUGCAACGAGUAAAAAAGAGUGGUUGGACAAAUGUGAACAAGCAAAGAAAAUGAAAUUAUCUGAAGAUAAUCCAAGUGGCCAUGUACAGAACAUAGAUACACAGUCCAAAGAAGAAAAAAUGCCACCUUCCCGAUCAAUGUCUCUCGAUUCUAAUACCCUAGGUACAGACGACGUAGAUUCAGAAUUGUUCGAACCACCACCAGAAUGGAUGCUGGAAGUUGCAGAAGAUUUAGAUUCUUGUAUAGCUCAACGUCAUUUUGAAGAAGCUUACGGCCUUUUAGAGAAAGCGAAAACUUACUUAAAAGAUUGCCAAAUAUCGCCAGUUUUAGUCGAUAUACAUUCAAAAGUAAAUGAUAGAGGCCGAUCUUUGGUUGACGUUAUAACAAAAGAACUUGAAGUAAGUGCCGAAGCAAAAUCACUUCAAGGAGGUGGUUUAAGAAGUGCACGACGUGUAGUGAGAUUAUUGAUACAACUUAAUAGAAGUGCUCAAGCUUGUCAGUUGUAUUUACGACUGUGUACCGCUGUGUUGAGGGCACGUUUAAAAAGAGUGAAAAGAGAAGGUGCUAUCGCGCCUUACGUAAAACAACUUAGCGCAAUCGCGUUUAGCAAUAUCGUAGAAAUCUCCAAAGAAUUUCGAAGACUUUUUCUACAAUCUACAAAUUGUACAUCUGGUUUGGUUGUAUGGUGCAGUCAAGAAAUUAAACAUCUAACGACACAUUUAAUCAAACAACUUUUUAUACCUCAAGUGUCUCUAAGCACUUUAGUGGAGUGUAUAGUUUCUAUUCGAUGUCACUGUGAUCAGUUGACACAUCUUGGAAUGGAUUUUCGUUAUCAACUAGAUGGUCAACUGAGAUCCCCGUUAACAAAAGCUAUACAAGAUUCCGGUGAUAAAUACACUGAAAUUGUAAAGGUGCAUAUUGCUGAGGACACUUGGCGACCGACUAAUUUAGAAACAAGCAAAAGUGUUCAAAAAUUAUUGUCUGAAAUGGACGACCUUGGGAUAACUGUACCAUCAUCUUAUCUAAUGGACGAACAUAGGAUCACAUUGACCAACAAUACAUUGACAUUUUCAAAAAUUUACAUCACCCUGUUAGAGGAUUGUUUAAAUGUUGCUACACCGGAACUCAUGGCUACGAUAGACGGAGUACUAGUAUCUGUCAUGCGAGUUCAAGUGCAACAUGUUAUUUUAUCCCUUACGAAUCCGAAAUUAAAACAGGAGAAACAGUUGGUUCAUGAUAAUGCAGCCUACAUUCGUGAUAUUAUAAUUGUGCGAGGGCUGGAGCUGUAUAAAUCGACAACUAAUCAAGUGUUCAAGAAAUUGUUGGCUUUGAAAGAGCAAAUUGUAUUCGAUUCAUUAUCCUUAACUAAACCAAAACCUGCACCUAGGACAUCUGUAGCAAAGUAUUCGACCACAGAAUAUAUUUGAUUGUACCGAAAUGUAUGAUUGUAUAGAAAUAUUGCGUUAUUGUACAUAACUGGAAGUAAAAGAAAACGAAACACAUUGGAUGUGUGUAUUAUACUUUAUAUAUGGGCUAUUACAAGCCAAGUGAUUCCUGCGAGUAAAUAACCCAUACAAGUUAA